AUGGCCAACGCCUUCGUUGCAGUUCUAGUUCUAGCUAUUUGCCAUAGCACAGCCCAAGGGGUAGCAUCAGCAACGAGCCAUGGCAUCACGGCUCCAGCAGUGAUGCCUGGUACUGCAGCCAGGGAAUUCCUGGACGCACACAACCAAGCAAGAGCUGAAGUUAGGGUUGGAACUCUCAAGUGGAGUGAGCAACUAGCCAAUGCCACAAGCCGCCUUGCGAGAUACCAAAGGAACAAAAUGGGGUGUCAGAUUGCAAACCUGACAGGUGACAAGUAUGGAGCCAACCAGUUCUGGGGUGGAGCAGCCCGGACACCGCGCAUGGUAGUGGCUUCAUGGGUGAAAGAGAAGAGUUACUAUGAUUAUGCCAGCAAUUCUUGUGCACCAAAUUACAAGUGUGGACUUUACACGCAAGUGGUUUGGAAGAACUCUUCGGAGCUGGGGUGCGCACAAGCCACAUGCAAGGACCGAAUGACUUUUACUAUUUGUUUCUAUAAUCCUCCUGGAAAUUAUGAAGGAGAGAGGCCAUACUAGAAAAUUAGCUAUAUAUAUAUACUGGUUGUAGGAUCUGAUCUGAGAGUUACUGGGCAAUGUCUUGAUUCUUGAAAGCUUUGAGAGGGCCAAGCUUGAUUUAGUCUCUUGUUCUGGACUUACAACA